CCGUUUUUGAAGGCUGUGUGUGUGCAAACUUCAAGAGACCGACCUCAGGCGGGAGAGACGGGAAAAGCGUAGGCCCACAUUGGAACGCACCUUCGACGACAAGCUGACUCCAAGUUCACACUUAGACCGCAGCCCCACGUUGAAACGGCCCGCUGUCUAGACAACACCACGAGAAUCGAGCGAGAGGACUGCCCAUUUUCACCUCACCUGCACGGUAGAAUCAAGCGAAACUCCCCCCAUUCAGUCCUAGGACAAUCGCCGGGAUCAGCGUAAAAUGACCGGACCGUCGUCGCUGCUCUUAGCUGCUGCCACCUCCGCUGCUGUGUCCUCGCUCGCCGCUGCCAGCCCUGGACCAGGUCGCAAUGUGACCAUUCAGACCAAACUCUCGAAACGUGACCAGGCAUGCCCUCAAUCGACGGGAUUCAAUUUUGAGGCUAUGGACGGCGACCUCGGAGACGACUUCCUGGUAGCGAAAGCAGGUCCUGCGGUCGAGACCGGUAAGGACGCCUGUUCAUGUGCGACUCUAUGCAAUGGCUCGCCUGCAUGCGACUUCUUUGUCUGGACACCCACACCGUCCGCGUGCUUUAUCAAACCACUGGUGACAAAUCCCAGCUUUGUGACUGUUUUCGUCAACGCUCCUGGGCAGACUCGCCCUGGCGUCCUUGCCGAUACCGCCAACUCCCCUCUCGCCGUUGGAGUUGUUCCUACGCCUAACAUUGCGACUUUACAAGGAUGCAUCGACAUGUGCCGCGCAAUGCCUCGCGAUCAAUGCAGCAUCAUUAGCUUCGAUAGCACUAACAACGCAUGCUAUCCCAAAAAGACACCAAGCCGCGUCGCCGGAAAACUGGUAGGAUACAGAUCGUCGCAAGUAGGUGCGACUACUUCGACACAAAGACCUCCUGUUCCUGCAACGACAACGAGCCCGGUUCCUACGACCGGAACGGGAUCGAACGCUGGCACCGGCUCCAACGGUGGUGCGGGCUCGACGGCCGGUAGUGGAACGGACGAGAAGGGGAAGGCAAACAACAGCGGCAGCAAGUCGGGCGGGUCAGACGACCUGCUUAACGCCGGAGGAGGCAGCUCCAGCAAGGUGCCUCUCAUAGGAGGAAUCGCUGGUGCGGCUGUUAUUGCUAUCAUCGCUGCCAUCGUUCUCUAUUUCUAUCGGAAACAAACCAAGACUAGCGCUGCCGGCCAGACGGUGGCCGCAUACUCAAACGGCAGCGCGCCAUCUAGUCCAGCCGGAGCGGACACCGCCGGUGGGAGCACCCAAGCGAUGGCAUCCAUUUCAGCUGGAUCAGGAGCGUCAGCUGCACCUGGAGCUGCCGCAAACACCACUGGUGCUACGACUAGCGCGGGCGCUGGCGUAGCAGCAGCCACAGCAGGCGCCGCCGCCGUUGCUGCAACUCGACCGUCUACGUCAAAAGGCGCGUCACAACCCCCGCGUCUUUCGGACGUAGCAGCCUACAAUCAUCACUUGUCUUACCUUCCUGGCCAGACAGUGCUUCCUCAUGCUGACCCGCACUACCACGACGAGCUCGCCAUCCAACACGAUCACGCCGCGGCCUCAUCAGCAGCAGCUGCAGCAUACGGGCUGCCGUAUCACCGUCAGUCACAGCCUUAUCCGGCUCCCGCGUCCCCUUAUACACCUGGGGUUCCUUCCGGAUAUGCCUAUGAUCCAUACGCGUACGCUGCUGGUGCCCCACAAUCGCCGCAUGGGUACGCAUACCACCCGGCUCCCGCAGACUCAUCCUCAGGCUUUUACCCAUCGUACCCGCCCGGUCCCGCCGGACAACAUGAAUCAUACUACGCAAACAGUCCCUCGGCGCAUUACGGCUACAUCCCCAACCACCCAGCGCACCACCAACCUACGGACGGGUCGUCUUCGUUUCCCCACGAUGAUGACGGUAUCCCAGCUUACGAGACGCUAUCCGCAGAUCAGCUGAACGCUCCCACUGUGCACAGGCCCAAUCAGUCGCCCGGCGCCACGGCCGGGGGCCCCGCCUCAUCAACGCUGGAACCGCAAUAUUCCAGAGACUCCAAGACUCUUUACAGGAAUGACAACUAAUCAGAGAAGAGCAGACUUGGAGCUACCUCGUCCAUCCCAAUAGUAUAGCUCGCUCUCCUUCGACAGACUUUCUCUCUGGCGUAAGAGUGAUUUGGAUUUUUUCAAAGUCCUAUAUGUGUUGUCGCAUCCUGGCGUAUUUGUUCAUCUAAACCCCCACCCUCCCUACAAGACGUCUAUUGUAGAAACGUCUCCUAUUGUAUCUCUUCGUUUAAGCACACCCAAGUUCUUGCGUUUUCCCACGAAGGAAAUAGUCCCAUCUCACAUGCGA